AUGUCGAAAGAAUACGCCUACACUUCCCUCGAAAGCGACGAGAUCCGCCUGCUAGAACUCCACGCCGGCGAAGAAGAUGCAGACUUGCAGGGCAAUCUCCACGUCUUCCGAUUGCCGGUAGAAGACGAGCCAGCAGAUGAGCUCGAACUCUUCCUCACCCGCGCAACCGGCGUCCCCGUGCCCAAUGCUCCGUCUUACGAUGCGCUGUCGUAUGUUUGGGGCGAUGUCGUCCGGCUCUGGCAUCAGAUUAAGAUUUUGCAGGACGGCAAGCUUCGUCAUGUCCCCAUCAAGCCAAAUCUGCACGAUGCCUUGAUGAGGCUUCGAAGGGAUAUUGAGCCCGAUGGGACGAAGAUGAUCUGGGUCGACUCUGUCUGCAUCAAUCAGAACGAUAUCCCAGAGAAGAACCAGCAAAUCCAGAAAAUGGCCAUGAUCUACAAUCGAGCGGAAAGGGUGGCAGUCUGGCUCGGCAACGAAGACAAAGACAGCCGACGAGCAAUCGAGUUCAUCGACCGCCUGCUCAGACUCGAAGACUUUGACCUCGUGUCUAACGAGUCCGGCUCGACCAUUGAAUGGGCCGCGCUGCACAAUCUCAUGCAGAGGCCGUGGUUCAAUCGGCGCUGGAUUGUGCAGGAGAUUUCACUCGCUCGCACUGCGACUCUGUUCUGCGGCGGCCACUCGGUGUCCUGGCUGGACUUUUCUGCCGCCGUGGCGCUCUUUGUCGCUCGAUAUCGUGAUCUACGUCCUUUGUUUCAGCGUUCCGUCGAAUUCCAUAACCAUCCAAACUAUCUCGGAGAAGUGGAAGCGCUCGGCGCCCGCUCGCUGGUGGACAUCACCGCAAACCUCUUUCGCAAGAGCGAUGAGGGCGUUGUUCUGGAGCGCGUGCUGUCGCUCGAAGCCGUCAUCUCGACCCUCACGCUUUUCGAAGCGAGCAACCCUCACGACACCAUCUACUCAAUCCUCUGGCUGGCUCACGACGCCGAGCCGGACUCCAAGGAGCGGUAUGCGAUGGCUCAGCCUCAGCUCGUCCGUACGCCCAUUGGUAGCCCGGAACUCGAUCAUGCGCCUUCUCCGGUCGCAUUCGACGGCUCGCAGCAGCAUUUCGCUAGCUCUCCCGAAUCAUCUCGAGUCUUGAGUUCCCUGCGAGAAUCGGGAUAUUUUUCGACAGCAGGAGGCACAACCGCGGUACCCGCAUCGCAGGUGCCGCAGUCGCAAGUUCUUGAGACUCAGCGCGACACCUUCCUGAAACCGCCCAUCCGGCUCAAGCGAUCCAGCACCCGCUCAGCCACGGACCAUACCCUCAAGAGCGCAGAAUCUCAAUUCGAAGCCAAGCCGUACUCGAUCAUGGUCGACUACGACACCGACAUCUACAUUGUAUUCCGGCAGUUCCUCGACUUUGCAAUGUCCAGAUCCCGAUCGCUGGACAUUAUAUGCCACCCGUGGGCCCCAGAGCCAUUACCAAACGAGCCGGAGCUGCCGAGUUGGAUACCGCUGCUGUCGAGCGCGCCUUUCGAUAAGAAGCCCGGAUCGAGCGCAUACAGUCGAGUGCGAGCUGAUAGUCUUGUUGGCCUCCCGGGGAUCCAGCGAAAUUACAAUGCGAGCGGCAAAACCAAGAUAUACCCGUCCAAAGGCUUCAUCCGUGGCCGCUCGCUCAUCGCCACAGGCUUCGUCUUGGAUGCCAUCAAAGUCCGGAAGUCUGCUGCGGUGGAAGGCAUUAUUCCCUCUGGGUGGAUUGAUCUUGCGGGUUGGUCAGGCGCUCCAGAUCCAGUUCCUGAUCGAUUCUGGAGGACUCUGGUUGGCGAUCGCGGACCUGGCGGUCAAAAGUAUCCACCGGCGUACUUUGCUCUAGCUUGCAAAUGGGUAUUGGAACGACGACCGCGGAGAGGGAACAUCAACACCAACGAGAUUCUCAUGUUUGGCCAGUGUCCUUCCAUCGCAACGGAAUUCCUACAUCGAGUCCAGUCGGUUGUCUGGAAUCGCAUGCUUGUCCUUACCGAGGGUCGUAAGGGGUCGAAGCAAUUGCUUGCCCUUGUGCCGAAGGAGGCAGAACAAGGCGACCUCAUCUGCAUCCUGUACGGCUGUAGUGUGCCUGUAGUUCUCCGGCGGUCGAAGAAGCGAAGGGCUACGCGCCGUGAGGACUCUUCUGCGCGCAACAGCACCAGGACUACGAAUAGUCGAGCGUCUUCGAGCCAUGCUGACCUUCUUCGACACCUUACCAAUUCCCGCGUGUCUUUUUCACGCGCAUCGUCUACUUCCCAUCAGUCGGAUGUGGACAUACCUGAAGAUCGUGAGCAGCACAAUCCCGACGACUUCGAGAAUGCCUUGCCCGUGCCGUGGGAGAGCGAAGAGCAGUACACGUUCAUCGGCGAAUGCUACGUGCACGGCAUGAUGUACGGCGAAGGCUUCAAGCAUCGCAAGGACCAUGGGAACCGGCUUCGAGCAUUCCACUUGGUGUGA